UAAAUAUAAAGCACAUAAAAAUUUACAACUUUAUUUCUACCGAUAAUUUCUUCUGUCCGAGUAAUAAAAUUCACCAAGGUGAUUAGCUCCGAGACUAUUGCAUAUAUUUAAAUUUGGGAGUUUCCAGUCCAACCACCCAAUCCCAUUCCCUCUACUUUUGGAAGAAAAAGUUAAAAAAACAGCAAAGGCUUUUGCUAUUUGCUACCAAACGAAACAUCCCCCAGUGACUUUAGAGAUUCUGCAGGUAUUGAAUCUUGCGUGAAUCUGGCACGCGCCCUCCACACUCCCGAUUUCUUUUGUCUUUUUUUAUGCAGCUCUUAAAGGAAAAUGAAGAAAACACAUUUCCAUAGAGAUCCUCUCUCAUCCUCUCCCUCCCUAUAAUAAAAUAGGUCUUGUAUGUCUGCUUGAUAUUACAGGCGUUGAUAAUGCUCACCGAACUCUCAUUUCCUGCAGUCACAAAUCAGGGCACAAAACUACACCGUGCCGUUCAAUCAAUUGAUAUCUUAGGAUCUGCAUUGUCAAAUCUGAAGGUGAAGCCUUCAAACUUGCCAUGUAGAUUCCAAAGAAGGCAGUGGCAUCCAAGUUGCAGCAAUCAAUUAUUAGCAUUUCAUAGGAGGAACUCGACACCAAGAACUUUAGCUUUUGCAAUUCCAAAUGAAAGCGAUCAGGUGGAAAGUGGCAGCUGUUAUGGUUUUGCUGAUGAUCAAACGGAUUUAUCUUUGGAAGAAAAUGAUUGUCUCAAUCAUUCAGAUGCAGAAGUUGUUUCUUCUCUUUCGUACUCAGAAGCUGACCUUGCGCAUACAGUUGAGCUUCUAGGAGAACAAGGAAGCCUCCUUGACAAAAUAAAAGCUAUUCAAUUGCAUGUCUUAGCAUCAGAACAAUGGAACGCUUCACAACUCCAAUUGUGUCACAGAAAUUACUUGGUUAGUGCGACAAACUUGAUACAUUAUCUGGCAUUGAGAUGCCUUGAUGUUGAGCAGCUGAAAGAUGAUCUUGCUUUGAUUGGUCUUUUGAACUUGGAGACUAUCAAUGCUCAUGUCCUUGCAAGUCUUGCUGCAAGCAUUCAAAUAUUGGAGAACUUAAAAUCUAAUUCCCUAAACCCUGAAGAACAUGUCACUGGGGAACUCUCUUCUAAAAAAGGAUUUGAGCAACAGAAGUAUGCAGCGUCUACAUUACAAAUGAUAAGGAAGAAGGCAUCUUUUAAUAGGGAGUUAUUGUUGGGCCCAACACAAGAGGGCAGAACUACUCAUAUCAUGGUAACAGUUGGCGUGGAAGCUAUUGAAAGUAAAACGUUUAUUACUGAUCUAAUCAAUGCAGGGAUGUCCAUUAUUCGAAUCAAUUGUGCACAUGGAAAUCCUUGUAUUUGGAGUGAAAUUAUCACCAGAGUAAGGAAAAGCAGUCAAAUGCUAGAAAAACCUUGUCGGAUUCUCAUGGAUUUAGCUGGACCAAAGCUCCGAACUGGAAAGCUGAAGCCUGGUCCGGCUGUAAUGAAAAUAUCUCCCAAAAAAACUGCUGCUGGAGAUGUAAUCUUUCCCGCUCAGGUAUGGCUGGCUCACAAAGAAGCAGGUCCUCCUCCCUCUCAUUUGUCUCUUGAUGCAGUAAUUUUCAUAGAUGACCAAGAAUUUCUUCCUAAGCUUGAGGUGGAUGACACUUUAAGAUUUCGUGAUGCUAGAGGAAAGAAAAGGAGACUCAAGAUUGUUAGAAAAUUUCAUGUUUUUUCUAGUACUGGAUACGUGGCUGAGUGUAGUAGGACUGCUUAUGUUCAGUCCGGAACAAGACUAUAUGUAAAGGGAAAGAUAGGCAGGUCUCCUGUUGGACAAGUGGUGGAUGUCCCUGCUACUGCACCAUCAAUCAGACUGAGAGUUGGAGAUUUGCUAAUAAUAUCACGAGGUAAUUCUUCUGGACAAGAUGAAUUGUCUACAUCCAUGAGUGGUGCUCAUAGGGUUACUUGUUCCUCUGGGUACCUAUUUGAUUCAGUGAAACCUGGUGAGCCCAUUGCCUUCGAUGAUGGAAAGAUAUGGGGAGUUAUCCGAGGAACAAGUAUGUCAGAGAUUGUGGUCUCUAUCACACAUGCUGGUCCCAAAGGCGCGAAACUUGGUUCUGAGAAAUCCAUUAACAUCCCAGAGAGUAAUGUUCGCUUUGAAGGACUUACUUCCAAGGAUCUUAUGGAUCUUGAGUUUGUUGCUGCUCAUGCUGACAUGGUAGGUGUUUCUUUUGUCCGUGACACGCGCGAUAUUGCUGUGCUCCGCCAAGAAUUAGAGAAGCGGAAACUUCAAAACCUAGGAAUUGUUCUCAAGAUAGAAACAAGGAGUGGGUUUGAGAAAUUGUCUUUAGUGCUGUUAGAGGCAAUGAGAUCCUCAAAUCCUUUGGGGGUCAUGAUUGCUAGAGGAGAUCUCGCAGUGGAAUGUGGGUGGGAAAGGUUGGCUGAUAUGCAGGAGGAAAUUCUCUAUCUUUGUGGCGCUGCACACAUACCAGUCAUUUGGGCAACUCAGGUCUUGGAGUCGCUUGUAAAGUCAGGUUUGCCCACCAGAGCAGAAAUCACUGAUGCAGCCAAUGGACGGAGGGUAAGUUGUGUCAUGCUGAACAAAGGGAAACACGUGGUGGAGGCUGUUUCAACUUUGGACAAGAUCCUCCAUCCGAAAGCCACCAGGAUGAGAGCAGACUUAAAGCCCAUUCUACUCUGUAGCCACCUCUUGUGAUAAAAAGUUCUUCUCAGUGAAUAAUUGUGUCUCCAUCCAUUGGAUUCUGUAAUUUUCUUUUUCUUUUUGGUCUUAUAGGUGUAAUAUUUUCCAUUUCCGUAGUUAGUAAUUGUAAAUUUUGGAUUAUGCAUGAUAUAUUACUGUGAUUGCAUUAAAAUAUGGGCUACUGAACAUUAGGAUCAUUCUCUCC